GUGGUUGUUGACGUCGGGACGGGCAAGGCAGAGAAUCUCCACCUUUUCUCGAUCGGACGAAAGUUGAAGUCGGGAUGCUGCUUUUCAUCCCAUGAUCGAGAGGAGCACGGCCAGGCGGGCGGCCUUCAGGUGCCUCGAUUCAUGAUGCCAGCCUCGAACACGAAUUCGACAGAGACCAAGGAGCAUCCCGCCGAGCUGCAGAGCAUUGUCUCUCAUCGGUCCAUCUCCAGACGACGAGAAAGCUCUGCAAGACGGCGGUCUCAUGAUGCUGGAUACGAUAUCCCAGAGUCCUACAGGAAUCUCGACGAGUUGGCUACACCGUCGCCAAUUCAAAAUCCCGAUGAAGAUCCAAUAACCAGGGUUCGAACAUUGGAAGAUGAGAGGAGCCAUCACUCGAGAGAGGAGACUGCGAGACGAAGGAGCUUUAAUCGCACGCUAUCCCAUUCAUCGCGAAUAUCUUCCGGAAAACGUCGACCUUCACAGGGCGGGACAAGUUACAAUUUUCCGGACAAUUACGUUCAAUUGGAUGAAUUGGCUACACCCUCACCAGUCGAGAAUCCAGGCGAAGAACCAAUAUAUCUACAUAAAUCGUUAGAGGAGGCAAAGAGUCGGGAACAGGAAUACCAGAGGAAUCAGGAAAGAGAGAGAAGGGCUUCAAUUGCUAGAGGGGACGAACCCCCGAAAGAGGAAGAAGAGCAGGAUGUGAUCAAGGUUUCCAGAUUUGCAACACAGUUAUACGUAAUUUCUUAUCUGAUCUUGUUUUCCUUCUUUGGCACACUCGCUCGACUUGGCCUACAGGCCAUCACAUUCUAUCCGGGAGCUCCUGUGGUUUUCAGUGAGCUGUGGGCGAACUUUGGUGGAAGCCUUUUUAUGGGAUUUCUGAGCGAGGACCGGAUGUUGUUCAAGGAGGAAUGGGGCACGCCUACGUACGACAAUCAAGUUGAGGAGGCGAGGCAACAGGAGCAAGACGAAGAGAGUGGUUCAGAUUCAGAGCAGGCUGUGGAUUUACAAGCCGCAAAGAAGGCACACGCCGCGACGAAAAAGACCAUCCCAUUGUACAUUGGGCUCACCACUGGGUUCUGCGGAUGCUUCACCUCAUUUUCGUCUUUCAUUCGGGAUGUCUUCUUUGCAUUAUCUAACGACCUUCCUUCACCUCUCAACCAUCCUGAAGACUACAACCCAGUUCGUGCUAGUUCCACCUCUACGGUUGACCGAAAUGGAGGGUAUUCGUUUAUGGCCUUGGUGGCUGUCAUCAUCACUACGGUAGCAUUGUGCAUUUCAAGCUUACACAUCGGAGCGCAUCUCGCCAUCGCUUUGGAGCCAUAUACUCCAAGUCUGCCGUUCAGCUUCUGUCGGAAAGUCCUAGACCGCCUGGCGGUUGUCCUAGCAUGGGGCUGUUGGCUGGGAGCUAUAUUCCUCGCUAUAUUCCCCCCAGACCGUAACGAGGGUCCACCAGAGAUCUGGCGUGGCCGCACAGUCUUUGCCUUGGUCUUCUCGCCUCUGGGAUGCCUCGGACGUUUCUAUGUCUCCAUUUACUUGAACAGCAAGUUUGCCUCGUUCCCACUGGGAACAUUUGUGGUCAACAUCUUUGGCACUGCAAUCAUAGGCAUGAGCUAUGACCUGCAGCAUGUUCCCCUUGGGGGUGCAGUCGGCUGUCAGGUUCUUCAAGGGAUAGAAGACGGCUUUUGCGGAUGUUUGACAACAGUCAGUACCUGGGUCAGUGAGCUGAGUUCCUUGAGAAGGAGGAACGCCUAUCGCUACGGUGCGGCAAGUGUGAUCAUUGCGUUGUGCUUCUUGAUCGUGAUCAUGGGAAGUCUUCAGUGGAGUAGAGGGUUUUCGGCGCUGCAGUGUACACAUUAGAGGACUAUCGGAAUAGGAUAAAUGCUUGCAUUUCGUCACUUCGUCGCAUGGUCACCUUCACUUCUCCAACCCUCCAUGCAAUGUUUUCUCAGUCUAACUUGGGAUGAAAGCAAAGACCUAGAAGGGUUGCAGAUGUUGUGUCUUCUCGAUUAGACUUGAUAUGAAGUGACAAUGUAAGGAGCCGCUGAUGUCGUGAUUUCUCAUUGGACUUGAGACUAAAGCGAGGAACUGCAAGGAGCCGUAGUAGAUGCCAUAUUCUGCUGGCAUGGCAGGUUACAGUGGUGAGAAGAGUUCUCUCCCAUCGCAAUCGGACAUAUUGGAAAUACCGAUGGUGCUCACGAUCCGACACCGAAUCUUCCAGUUGUUCUGCGAGUUCCGGCCUCGUGAUUCAUGUCGGUUCGGGGACAAGAUAGAUGGUUGAAAUAAAAAUCUCACUCGCCAAGGUUCCGU